AUGGUUGUGAGAAAAAGAAUAUCGGGUUCGAAUGGCCCUGAUUCCCUCGACUUUAUACCGCAGACAUGUCCUCACGAUUUCUCUGCAUAUACACAGCCCUCAACCCAUGUUGGUCGAGUCGACGAAUUCGCACGUGGCUCGCGUACCGACGGCUAUCAGGCCCCCGAGACGCCCGAGAUCGCAGCGGACGAAUCGCAUGCUCGUCGCACGCCUUCUGGCGGACAACUAUGGGACAACUAUGGGACACGUGCGAGAGCGACUCGCGAGACGGGCAUCGUAGCCACCUGUUCAGCAGGGCUUGGCAAUUUGCCUAGAGUACAAGGUCAGAACCAGUCACUAGGAAUCGUGGAGCAGUCUCGGGGCAAAAUCACGCAAAUGGAACCCGUUCGAGAGGAAGAAUCCAGCCCCAAAAACGCCGAGCUUGGCGAGACUUGGCAGGUCUGGGCACCGCCGAUGUUUUACGUGCGCAAGUGCAUCCCUUCAUACUAUCAAGCUAUCUUUGGAGGGGACCUGUGGCGUCCUCCAAGGCUUGGCGGAGAGGGCCGGCAGCGGGUCCAACACGGACCCCCGCUUCCUAUAAGACGACGCCAUUCACCCCACGUGCGACGAGCAGAGGUGCUCAUCUUCCCUCCGCAUCCACGCCCACAACCACUUCGGACUUGCUUCCUGUCGCGUGCGCUCACCACUAUGUUUGGCGAUCAGACCACCUCCCCCGUCCACAGCAUUCGCAGCGAGAUGGCUAUCGUGAUGAGUGAUGUUGUCCAUCACGCUCGCGUCUCGACCCAAAUGGUGGGCCCCGCUUCGGUCACCGAUGAUGAUGGCUUCCAUGCAGGAGAAGCAUCAUGGGUCCUCUACAUUCGACCCCGGAACCAGAAUCCGAUGGACCGUGCUCACUUGGGGAUGUCUUUGGUGUCAAUCCAGGAGAGGAGAUUGUGGAUGGUUCAAGUCCUCGCGGCAGUCUCGUGA